AAUUGAAAAAAUGUUUAGCAAACACAAAAUGGUAAAGUACGCUUACGUGUAUAUGGCUAAACCUCUAGCACUUGGUGUGCCUGCAUUCUGCUUGGCAUGUUUUGGUAGCGAUAACUUGUUUACGACACCUACCACAAUGACUUGGUGGCAACAUAUUAUAACAGAAUGUCACAAAAGGAGUAUUGUAGUGCUAAGUUUUGGCUCAGACGGCGAUUCUCGUCUCUUAUCUGGUAUGCAGAUAUGUGCAGGCCUACAUGUGGAUUGUGCUCUACAGUUGAUUGAGUUUGGUAUGGAGAAGGGAGUUAAGAAUCUUGAUCUCCUCCAUCAUCAUCUUCAAACCUUAUACACCCUGGUGUACAAGUGUAAUGCUGACAGUCGACUGACCUUGACUAGACUACAAGCUAUGAGCAACUUGGAGGUUCUCACUCUAAUGUUGAAUGAGCCAUCGGGUCCUGAAUUUGUAAAAAUAUUCACCGAGUGUGUGAAUCCAUUUCUCUCUCGUCUCUCAUCUCUCCAUCCUGGGGUGGGGGAGCAGCUGCUAACAGAUUUUCUCGUGCAGCUGGCAAAGAAUGACCUUGAGCCUUGCUUGCUGCUGUUUCAACAGUCACCAGGACAGGGUGCUCAAGAGAGUGUGUUCAAAUCAGUCAAACAGACCGUGACUCUUGCACUGAGGGUAGUGUACGCCUGUGAAAGAGGUGAUCAGUUGUCAAUGGCAGAUGGUAUUGUGGAAUGUCUGCCAAUCACCGGACCUGCCUCAGGCGAUCUCUCCGACCUUGGUGCUCAAGUUGACCUUUUGAGGGUUCACUUAAUAGCCCUGGACACUUUGCAAGAGUAUGGAGUACAUAAACCAGUGCACUAUGUUAAAGAUAUUCAGAACGAUCCUGUUGAAGUGCAACAGUUGAUGAUCAAGUUGACAAGAGUUGCUAACAGGAGGCACCCUCCAUUGAGUGAGUCCGAGUGGAGGAAGUUGCUCCAAAACCUUCUUUCUUUGAGAUCACAAGUGUUCACCUGUGUGGAAAUUAGUACCUGCUACAAGGUUUUUGCGGAGAGCUUACUCUGCUCGGGACAAAAGACCAAUAUCAGCUUGGCCAGUCAAUUGCUAACCCUCUCCAGGGGGUCCCAUCGUAGACCACCCCCCACACAGCGUCUUCCUGCCUCAUCGUUCAACUACCGCCUUUCGUAUGAGGUGUCGUGUGAGCUGGUACUAAAUGCAACCAGGGAAUACUUCAACUCAGCAGCCUCACUUAUGGAUGAAGAUAUGGAUCUUGCAAGGUGCUGCCUUGAUCUGUUCUCCAGUCCAACAGCAGCAGUACAGACUGAGUGGAACCUUAUUGCCUCCAUGGGUCUCCUGGAUGACUUUGGUGUGAAUAUCCUUCCUCUUCAGGUUCGACUUACUGAGAACAAGUUGGACAUAGUGAGAAAUGUUUUAGACUCUUCACCCACUGCAUACAGAGACUACGAAAAAAUAACUCGACUGUCUCGUUUGCUGGAGGGUGCCGGGGAAAAUGGCUCUGCAGAGGACAAGAGCCUCACAGAAAGAACACUAAUACCCUCCGAGGGACACUCACUCAUCCUGAUUAUCCUGUCAGCUUUGCAGAAGCAUGAUAUGAAACUCGCUGAAAAUCUUUGCCAGCGAUUAGUUGAAAUGAAGUUUGCCCCGGCUUGGGAAAUUUGCAGGAAGGUAGCUAUUGAUAGUGAUUCAUUGAGCUUGGCCACCAAGAUGACAUUAAUGAACUUCUGCCUCACCUUCUGCCCCCCUGAAGAGAUAGAGUGCACCAUCUCUCUGAGACAAAACUUGCAAGUCCAGAGCCUUUUUAGUGGAUGUGUUGAGAAAACGAGCGUCAUCUCCACUAGAGGGCGUGGCAAGUUGUCGGGUCUUGCUGAUACAAGUGGUGCUACGACAGUUGUCAAGGGACUCAUGGAUAAAGGAAUGCAAAGCAUUGUCAAAAGUGCUGGGGCCAUGCAGCAACUCAUCAAGACUAGGCAAUCUCCUGAGCCACCCAACAAGCCUUUGGCUGAAAAAUCCUCUGAAGGCUUCAUCAGUAUUAUUGCAGAGCUUAGUAAGAUCGCUGAGUCAGCAACUUCCUCUCCUAAACAAGACAUUAAAAUCACAUCCCACCCGUUCUAUUCAACCCGAGUCUCAACCCCAUCAAAUGAUACCGAUGGUGAUGGUGGAGCUGAUGCAGCACAUUACUAUGGGGAUUGGGGCAUGCCUGGAGAUGUGGGAGUUAAACUAGCUGUUAACCAGGCGCUACUCUACGCUGUACAAGUGGCAAACGCCAUGGCAGCAAAAAAAGACAAGAAGAUGGAUUGUACUAAAGCUCUGUUGGAUCUGGCUGAGGAAUGCAGCUGUGUGGACACUCCUCUAAUGCUGGGAUAUUUGUUCGCCUUGCCUGAGGCGGAUUCUGCUGACAAGUUGCUCUCAACUUUUCCGAAGUCAAAACGUUCUUUUGAGCUGGCACUUUUCUAUCUGUCCCUGCAAAUCUAUGUCCAAUUUCUGCCAUCAUUUCGACCUGAAGAAAUUCUGUCUCAGCAAAAUCCUUACACGCACUCUCCCGCUGAGGUAAUGAAUCAUGUGAUAUGCCAAGUGAUGUCAUGUGACUCAACAACCUGGCCUGAGACGUUAAAACCACUGCUAGAACUACUGCAUAAAUACCAAGAGAAAGUUAACGAUCUCAAAGAAGCAGAGGAACUGCUUGGUCUCGGGUUAGGUAUUGAUACGGAUCAGUUUGAGAGUGACUCGGAAUACAGGCACAACAUUGUUCUUAUGCUUGCAAGAACACUGAGUAAGAAGGGAUUCACAAUUGCUUGCAAGUUGGCCAAACGGCACCACAUUCCUGAUUGGGAGGUGUACAUGGAGCUACUGGAAACACUCCUAACAACAUCCUCAUUGGAGUCCCAUGAAGUUCCUCGUAGAAUCAAGGACAAUAACGUCAUGAACGUUCUUUUAUGCAAUCCUCAGCAGACAUGUUGCAGACUGAACGAUAGUACAUAUGAGAAACUGCGUGGUACUAAUCUGACUGCAAUGUUGUCAUUUUACACUGCUCUGCAACAGUGUCUGGAUAAGGGUGCCACAAUAGAGACAAACAUUCCUGUGGCUACUCACAUUAGACUACUGAAGAAGUUAAAAGCCAAUGUUUCUGGUAUUAACUACAAGGCGUUGAUGUCUGGAGAGGUGAAUCCUCUGACCACCCUCAGCUCUGCUCUGACUGAUAACAAUGUACAUGUAGUUGCAAAAUUGGCCGACAAAAUACCAAUUAAAGAUGGUGGGUAUAUGAAUGCUGACAUGGUGUUUAGGGCGUACACAGAGAUCCUUUUCUGGAAAGGAGACAAACGACAACAAGAAACUGAUCCCAAUUCAUCACCUAAAUGGGUGCAUCGAUAUGAGGCGUGUCAAGAAUUUCUCUUGAAACUAGGUGUCGCUGAAAUAAGGCAAUUUGUGAAAAACAUCAUCUUCUCAGACCAGUCACUGAAGAUUGGUUUGAGCACUCGCUUGGAGCUGGUGAAAAGAUCUCAAAGGAUCUGUCAGACAAGAUUGAAGCAAGAGCCAAUGGACACCGGAUUUCAAGAGCUCAAAGCUGAGCUAGAAAUUGGCUGCAAACAUCUGAAAGUCCUCACCAGUACCGAGUUUGAGGAUAUCGCUACAACUUUUUCAAUUGAUGAGGAAAAGUGGGAAGAAUAUUUCACUGAACUGGACUUCUCAAUGUCAGACCCAAACAAGGUCCACCUAUUGUCUCUAAAGAUGCUGACAGACUCGUUUCCCAUUGAGCUGAUGCAGACAGUCCUCUCUCUCACUCACUCGGUCUCAUCCAACAAGCUCUCUGUGGCUGAUCUGAUACGAGAGGCACUGGAGGGGUGUGUGCAGGAGCUGUCACAUGACGAACCACAUAGGGACAGCACUGGCACUGCUCAUAUUGAAAAACUUGAGAAGAUCAUGGCCUCAGUUUCCAAACACGAGAGUAAAAGUGGUACUCUGGUCAGUAGCAAGCAGUUACUGGAAGUGUUGCAGCCAUUCUGUAGCAACAGCUCUUUCAGCGCCCACACACGAAGAACAGUGCUGCAAUUGAUAGAAAAGUAUCUCUACCUGUCUGAUGAAGAUGUUGGUCUGCUCCUACUCUACCAAACACAGUCUAUACUCUCUACCGAUUUCAGUUCAGAGGUGACGAUUGAAAACCUAUCAACAGAUGAGUCUCGAGACAAUUUCUUCUCCCAGCUUCUAAAAGAGGCCAGGAGCGUGGAUAAAGUAACAAAACUGUUCUCUCUAUUGGAAGCAUGGGCAAACUCAAGCUCAGUACCAACUCAGUCGUGGAUCGGCCUACUCACAGCAGCUGCUGAGAUGUCUGCAGCUGUCAGCAUUGUGCCCGUCAUAAGAGCGGGGUUGAGAAACAUUCCACCUCAGGUUGAUGAGAGAUUGGUGGAGUUGAUAUCCAAAUCCAGUUCAUCUGAAGCACUGAAGUUGAUUUUUGUCAGUUCCAGUCAAGAUAAUAUUAAGUCAACCAUACGGUCAAUGGUCGAUAUCUCAUUUCCAGAAGAUCUCAAUCUCUUGGAGCUCAUAGUCAUUACUGGCAGUGUGGCAGUUAUCAAGACAUUCCAUAACUCUUUAUACCUCCAAUUAUGUGAAUAUCUACAAAAAUCGAUGACAGUCGAGAAUCUAAACAUGCACCUUUUUGCGAGGUAUUUCCAAUGCUCUGAAUCAGAGCUACCAAAGAAAUUGAGUCUGGAUUGUCCCUCACUGCGUGUGAAGAGGGUAGCACAGCAGCUGUAUGAGGAGGGACUGGUAGUCGAUGCUGGGUCACUUCUGCUCAAGCUACAAGACUUUCACCCCACUGUUUCAACUCUAAAUGGGGCUGUUACAUUCAUCCGCAAACUAUUUUCAAACUAGUGAGUGAUUUAUCGUUACUUAUGCGCUAGGGCCGCCAGUAUACUGAACAUUGGACAUACAUGAAUCAGUCUGUUAGAAUUAGAAUUAUUAUGAUUGCUUAUAGUUACAAUUAUAGUGCAUCAUAAUCGUAUAGUAUUGUAUAGAUUCUACAAUAUAAUUAUGAAAACAAUCA